AUUUUGUCAUUGAUCAGCAAAUGGUGCUACACUUCCACAUCGGCUCCGGGUCAGUACUUAAGUAUCGCCAGGUCCGAAUGGAAGCCAUCAUUCUUUGGGAAUCGGACCCGGACAACCAUAGCGUCAUUUACGAAACAAAAAUUAGCAUAUAAACUGACCUACUCCGCAAUUGCAAUUUUAACGUUCCAUCACCCCCGUCCCCUACACAAUUAUCGUCCAAGAGCAGAAUGCGUAUUUCAGCUCUCCUUACACUCUUUUUCAGCUUCUUCUUCAUUAUUGAGUUGGCGUUUUCUAUUCCUUUAUCAACACCAGCCCUGGCAUACACUCCUGGUACCCGCGAUAUUCUCGGUUCACAGAAUAAGCGCAUUAUGGACCCUGUAACUGGCACCAUCGGAAUGUUCCUCAGGAUGCUAGGCAGGCCGGGCUUGCACGAAAUGCAAUUGGAGAUUGAUGACUACUGUUCCAAAUUCCCGUGUCCCACACCAAGAGGGACAUCCGAAAUUUAAUAUUUAUACCAGCCAGCAAGAGUUGUCUUUGCGGCUUUGCGAGACUUUCAAUUGUAUACCCCUCGGAUUGUUGUACCUCUGGCAGGCCGGGCAUGCUAUGUUUCAGUCCAUUUGUUAUUAUUGUCCUAACAUUUGAAAUUAUUUGCAAGUAUAUAACUUAUCAUGUAUGUAACUCUGUAGAAGCUUGUUUCACUUACCUCGAAUGCAUGGAACUCACUCGUGGUAUAGCACAACAAACUGUUACAGUUUCUUGUGUGGAAAUUCUUUGUUGCACGGCUUAAUACUUAUUUCAUAGUCAAUGGCAGGCCUUACAUUUACCUUGAUGGAAACAAACACUUGAUUGUCUUUUA